AUGGCAGAACUGGAAAGAAAAAGAAGGCCUCCUCCGCAACUGCAACAUUCUCCCUAUGUUAGGGAUCAAUCCAAUUCUCCAGGAAUGACAAAGACGCCACAAACGUCACCACCUAAGAGGCCUAUGGGGAGAGCUAGAUCAAAUUCGAGAAGUAGUGGGUCUCGUUCAAAUGCUGACAUUGACCAAUAUACCAUACCAACAGAUUUAGAUUCUUUACCUACCGCUUCACCUCCGCCUUCUGUUCAUCAAGUUUCACAACAACAACAAUUGUCGCCGAUAUUAGCCAAUAAAACUUGCUCUCCAUUUGAAACUCAGAGUCAGGAUCAAAGUGGUAAACCCAUAGAUCCAGUAUUGGGUAAGCAGGUUACAGUUCCUGUAGAAGCAAUUCCUCCACCGGUAUUGAGUGACCUAUCGAAUCUCCAGAAUGGUUCAACUGAGACAUUAUCUGCAACGGGGCUAUCCCGUAAGAAGCAUACCCAUAUAAUUAUACUCAAAUCACUGAAUGGUACUUUUGAAACAAAGUUCCUCGUUGUACCAUUUAAACCUGAUGGACUUAAGUUAGGUCGACCAGUUACCAAUAGCAUAAACAAAAGUAAUACAUCAUCGAAGAGAGAUUUGUUUUCGCAACAAGUUAGGCCUGAUAACGGAAAUUUUGAUUCAAGAGUCCUCUCAAGAAACCAUGCUUGUCUAAGUUGUGAUCCCACAACGGGAAAGAUAUAUAUUCGUGACCUGAAAUCCAGUAACGGGACAUUCGUUAAUGGGGUUAAAAUCGAUCAAAAUGAUGUAGAGUUAAAAGUUGGUGAUACUGUGGACUUGGGUACUGAUAUAGACACGAAAUUUGAACAUAGAAAGAUUAGUGCGUACGUAGAAGAGAUUUCAGUCAUUCCUUUAAUGAAUACUGUGUCUGAUCCUACGAGUUUGAUGACUAAAAAACAUGAAUUCACUAAUAAUAGUGAUAGCAACUCCACCGAUACAAACGAAAUACAAUUGGACAGAGCACAUCAUAGUCAACACAUCCCGAUACGAUCUCAUGUGAAUGAGAGGUAUACUGAAGUUGGCGUAACAUCUGCAACAACGGCUCAAAGGGCCGCUUUUGAGGCUGCCAUGUUUGGAGACGUUAAUAACAUAGAAUUGGAUGAUGAUAUUUUAGGCUUAGAAACAGAGGUUCUUAGUGGGAUUUUCGUUAACAAUUCUGCAGGCACAAGCAUAAAUUUGAUAAAUAUGAUAAAAACCCUAACUACUGAACUGUCCUUAGAAAGACAAGAGUCGGAAAAAUUGCACUCCAUGCAAAAUUUCAUGGAAAACUACACAGCAAACUUAGAUUCAAUAAACAAACACAUGGUUGAUAUGAACGAAAAGCAUUUACUGAAACUGAGCACAGCCUUACAAAAAACUCUAUCAGAAAAUAAUGACGCGCUACUCAAAGAAUCAGAAGAUCAAUUAAGAGAGAUGAAGCAAAAAAGUAGUAAAAUAAAAUCCGCAUGUAACUUAAAGGAAAAACAAAACUAUGAAAAGCUAGAGGAACUAAAGGGUGAAUUGAGAGAUCUGAACCUUCAAAUAGAGGAAGAGAAGGGAAAAAAUUCAAUAUUAACACAAAGCAAUCCGAACAAUAAUAUUAUCAAUGAAGAUAGCGCUAGGGCAAAGCAAGAAUAUUCAAAGAAAGACAAAAAGGACAACGAUGAAGCAUUGGAAAGCACUGAAGAAUUAGAUGUUAUUGAAGGCAAGAAAUCGAAAGUCGGUAAAAGGUUGCUUUUCGGGUUAGUUGCCAUUUCAUUCGGAUUGGUUGCAACAGCUGUUAAGCAAUUGCCGCAGUAA